AGAACAAAACCCCUCUUUCCCUCCUCCACGGAUUAGUCAAAACCCUAAAACUCGAAAACUCGAAGGUAGAGAAAAACACACACACUACACUGCUGCAGUAUACGCAGUUUGUGUUUUCGUUUCGUUGCGAUGUUGGAAAUUAAAACCGCUAAGACCCGCAAGGGCAAACGGGAGCUCGAGAAGCGUGCCCCCCGACUCGUCGAAUCGGGGAAGAAGACGUUGAUUCUGCACGGCACGAAGACCAGUGGCGUAUUGAACGCAGUGCUCACUCAGAUUUAUCACCUGAAGAAGGACAGCGCCAUCAAGUUCAGCCGCAAGAAUGAAAAUGUUAAGCCCUUCGAAACUGGCGGCGAAACAUCUCUCGAGUUCUUCUCUCUCAAAACGGAUUGCAGCAUCUUUGUGUAUGGAUCUCACUCGAAGAAGCGACCUGAUAACCUUGUUAUAGGGAGGACUUAUGAUCAUCAUAUAUAUGAUUUAGUAGAGGUUGGGGUUGAGAAUUUUAAACCCAUGGAAUCUUUUAGUUAUGAUAAGAAGUUAGCUCCUAAGGAAGGGUCGAAGCCUUUUAUUGUUUUCAUUGGAGAAGGGUUUGAGGCCGUGGAAGAGCUAAAGCAUUUGAAGGAAGUUUUACUUGAUCUUCUUCGUGGUGAGGUUGUGGAGAAUUUAAAUCUUGCUGGAGUGGACCGUGCAUACGUGUGUUCUGCUAUCUCUCCAAAUCGGGUGUUAUUUACACACUGUGCAUUGCGGCUGAAAAAGUCAGGCACUGUUGUGCCAAGGAUGGAAUUAGUAGAAGUUGGCCCUUCAAUGGAUCUGGUUUUUCGUCGGCAUCGUUCUCCUAAUGAAAGUUUGAGGAAGGAAGCCAUGAAAACUACGAGGGAGAAGCCAAAGAAAAAGGAGAAAAAUGUUAAAAAGGAUGAAUUACAGGGAAAGAUUGGAAGUAUUUAUAUUCCAGAUCAGAAGAUCGGAGAAAUGGCUUUACCUAAUAAAGCAAAAGGAGUGAAGAGGGAGCGCCGAGAAGCCAAGCGGAAAAAUGAGAGCGAUGAACAUGCGUCAAAACGGAAGAAGGAAGAUUCUUAAUAUAUUAUAAAUUUACACAUGCCUAUCCCCGGCUUUUGAUUAUGAAGUGAUCCUUGUAGAUCAAAUUAUACUAAACUGCAUGUUAUUUAGGUUGACAUGAAUAUUCUUGAUUUUCCCGUGUGGGGGGUUUUGUCAUCAUUUUAUUUUUAGUAUAAUUUUUCUUCUUCAAAUUUUGCCAUAUCAAAAUGACCUGUAUCAACUAGUUCCAUGAACCAUGAGUCGUAAUUUCUGUUAGUAAAUUACUUUAUGUUCAAAAUUUAGAUGGAUUUCUCCCGUUU